GCGGGCGCAAGAUGGCGGUGGCGUCGCCCUUCAGCGGCGCUCUGCAGCUGACCGACCUGGACGAUUUCAUCGGCCCCUCGCAGGAAUGCAUAAAACCAAUCAAAGUUAACAAGUCUGGGAAAGUAGCAGCUAAGAUCCGUAUUGAAGAUGAUGGAACUUAUUUCCAAGUUGACCAGGACGGAGGGUCACAAAAACUGGAAAAGGCCAAGAUUACCCUCAACGACUGCUUGGCCUGCAGUGGUUGCAUCACGUCAGCAGAGAGCGUCCUCAUCACUCAGCAGAGCCACGAAGAGCUCUCCAGAGUAUUAAAUGCCAAUAAGGCAUCCAGUCCUCCCAAGAAAUUGGUGGUGGUGUCUAUAUCUCCACAGUCCAGAGCUUCUUUAGCUGCAAGAUUUGGAAUGACUCCUUUAGACACCGCUAAAAAGCUGACAGCCUUCUUUAAGAAUUUAGGGGUGCAUUUUGUCUUUGAUACAACUUUCACCAGGAACUUCAGCUUGCUAGAGAACCAGCGGGAAUUUGUGCAACGUUUCCAGAGACGAGUAGAAGAUAAGAAGGCUUUGCCCAUGUUAGCUGCUGCUUGCCCUGGUUGGAUCUGUUACGCUGAAAAAACCCAUGGAAGUUUUAUCAUCCCAUACAUCAGCACUACCAGAUCACCCCAGCAGAUCAUGGGUUCCCUGAUUAAGGACCACUUUGCCAAACAACAGAGCCUGACCCCAGACCAAAUCUACCAUGUCACUGUGAUGCCUUGCUAUGACAAAAAGCUAGAAGCUUCCAGGCCAGAUUUUUUCAUCGAAAAGCACCAGACCCGUGAGGUUGACUGUGUGAUUACAACAGGAGAAGUCUUAAAGUUGCUGGACCAGGAAGGAGUAUCCCUUCUUGAAGUGAAUCCUGUGCCUUUGGAUAGCAUGUUUGGCAGCCUUGUGGAAGAGCAGCUGUUUGGCCACUCUGGAGGUGGCUCUGGGGGAUACUUGGAGCACAUA